AAAGUUGAUAUUGCAGUUAAUUGAUGUUCAACUUGCUAGUGUCUCUUGUCAAAUUCCGAGUGAAGAUUUAUUGACUGGCUACUUUAACAAGUUUUCAAUUAUGGAUUGUAAGUUGAUUUUCGUCUUUGUGUUUCUCGGAACGUUUUCUGCGAUCUUCGCAGAGUUAGUGAGUGAAGGACGUAUUGCCACGCAGAGUUCUGUUGGAUGGGGUGGAGAUCCAGAAAAAGGAGUUGAUGGCUUUAAAGCUACUCACUACGGCUAUCGUACAUGUACACACACUCAGAAACAAGCUGAGAAUUGGUGGAUGGUGGAUCUUGGAAAUUCCUACGCGAUUGGAAAAGUUAGAAUUUACAAUCGAGCAGAUUGCUGCCGGGAACGAUUGAAUGGCGCUACCAUUCAUGUUGGAGAUGAUGUUAAGGGUAUGCUGACUAAUGCCCAAUGUGGAGAGUCAAUAGCCGAUGCAGACACCAGCGCCGGGUCAGUGAUAGAUCGACAGUGCAGUCCUGUACUUAAUGGACGAUACGUCAGUGUUUCGCUCCCGAACAACUACCUGUCGCUGUGCGAGGUCGAGGUGUUUUCACUAAGGUUGUUAAGUGAAAGACGUUCUACCCGCCAGAGUUCCAUUACAUGGGGUGGAUACCCAGGAAGAGCGGUUGAUGGCAGAAGUGCUAUCAACUUCAACCAAAAUUCCUGCACACACACAAGCGGAAAAGGUGACAAUUGGUGGCAGGUGGAUCUAGGAAGGACUUACAGCGUUGGACAUGUGAGAAUUUUCAAUCGAGCAGAUUGCUGCCGGGAACGAUUGAAUGACGCUACCAUUCAUGUUGGAGAUGACGCUAAGGGUAUGCUGACUAAUGCUCAAUGUGGAGAGCCAAUAACCGAUGCAGACACCAAAGCCGGGUCAGUGAUAGAUCGACAGUGCAAUCCUGUACUUAAUGGACGAUACGUCAGUGUCGCACUCAAGGACAGCAUCCUGACGCUUUGUGAGGUCGAGGUGUGGGGACUAUAGGUUUGUAAGAUGGAUGUAAUGUAUGGCCGUUGAUAUUCUCUUGUAUUUAUAUACCCAACCAUAAAAUCCAUGAAUAAUGACGCCAUCAUUUUUGCUUGGCAGUUCAGUACAAUAUUAUAAAUCAGUAUAAUAGGACUAAAAUGUUUUUAGUUCUUCAUUUUUUCACAGUUAUUUAUAAUUAACUAAAUGGUGUAAUAAUUAGAAUUCUUUGCAUUUCUUCUAUUUUUUUCACUUCAUAUUUUCUUUAAAUAAUGUAGUGGCACGUUAUAAAAAUGUCACCUUAUAAUUUUACGAGAGUUUAUCAGCAAUAUGCAGUAUAAUAGUUGCUCAUCCAUAAGCAAAUAAAAGUCAAAUAAAUCUUUCUCAAUGAUGUGAACAUAA